AUGAAUUAUCUGAUUAAACUUCCCUUGCUUUUUGCUUUCUCUGUGGCUUCAGCAGCUUUCGACUCACUGCAAACACAACAGUCUGAACUGGAGCACUUUUCUCUGUAUUACUCUUCAUGCUCUCCUGACUGUCCAAAAGACUGGGUGACCUUCAACAGACGCUGUUUCAAGUAUUUUGGCCAAGAAAUGGACUGGGCCUCUGCUGAGGAUCACUGUUUAAGUCUUGGUGCCAAUUUAGCCUCCAUACACAAUGAAAACGAGUACCAGCUGGUGAAGGCUCUGAUCCGAGGUAAAGAUCCGAAUGAGAACCCCGUGUGGAUCGGACUCUCAGCCUGUCAGAAGAAAUACAUGUGGAUCUGGGCCGACGGCGCAAAUUCACAUUACACCAACUGGAACUCUGAUGAGCCCAAUUAUACAGAAAAAGAGUGCUGUGUUCACAUGAACUUUGGAGUCGAGAAGAACUGGAACGACAUCCCAUGUUCUCUUAACUAUCCUUUCGUCUGUGUCAAGAAGCUCGCCUGAAAUACAGAUGAUAUUUCUUUUCUCUUUUUUGAUCCAUAGAUCCAUUUAUGGCUCAUUCUAAAAUUGAAUGCCAGAAUAUUAGAAUAAUAUAGCAUACUAUAACAUAAUAUACUGUAGAAUAAUAUAUAAUUUAGCAGUUAAAUAAACAAUAAUGAAAGCUGUAAGGUGGUGGUUGAGAUGAUUGUUGAUGUUAUUGUAAGCGGUUGAUGGGAUUGAAAGGUUUUUGAAGAACUCUCCUGAUGGUAGAAACAUUAAUAGUCCAUAAUCUGAGCGGAAACUACUGUAUAUCUAUCACU